CUGGCUUUCACUUUUCCCAGGCACGGCUCUCCCAGAGUCAUGACAGACCGAAAGAACAGGAGGGGAUUGCGACUUGCGAGGGGGCACUAGCUCUUCAGCUCUCCACUUUCUUUGGCCACUGUUUUUCCCUUCGCUCUCACCCGCUGCCAUAGCUCAUGCCUAUAAUAGCUCCUCCCUCCCCUCGACUCCCCGCCCCUCGUAUACUCCCGUCUCCGUACUUGCCAGCACAGCACCGUUCCCACUCACAGCCCCACAAUGUCAAAGUACCCCCAGCCUCACCACUCCCCGUAUCACUCCUCCAGUUCCCUCCCUCAGCAGACAUCCCAACAGCAGCCGUCUGUCCAGUAUUUAUACGACCCGUCACAACCCUAUACCUCCGCCAUCCCCUCGCCACAGCUCAACAGCAAUCUAUCCAGACCCCCAAACUCUGGCCCGGCCAGUACCGCCCCUUCUUCUUCACCCAGAUUUCAGCCAUAUUCGCGCCCGCAACCACAGCGAUCGACCUCGUCCAACUCUACCCAAUCGGUGCAGCAGAAUAACAAUAUGGGUAUGCCGCCUCCUAGUCUCCCGCCGUCAAAUUCCAUACGCCCUCCUACUCAAAUAUCGCCAUCUCAUCAACCGUCGCCGCUUCACCAGUCUGCGUUAUCCUUUCUUCCCCCUCAAGAACUCUCAAGAGGCUACAGUGAAUCGACGCACAGUCCUAACCAUCUUUCUAAUCCACUAUACAACACUGGUUACGACGAGAUAAUGUACAGCAACACGGGUGUGCAGCAACCGUACCUGCCUGUUUUACCAGAUACGGGAAACCACGAGCCUUGGGACAGACCUCUGAACGAUCAAAGAGUUGGACCAGACGAAUACUCCCAGGCACUGGCCAUUUACACUCAUAUCUAUGAUUCUGUCCCCUACUUUGUCCCCAACACUCAACCUGCCCCUCAUAUACCUGAAAACCACAACCACACGACCACAUACGAAUCAGUUGUUCUUCUUGCCAAUGAAGGGCACCAGAUCCUCACAGGGCAAGUGGACUCCCAUCAACGUCACACCCUCACGUCCUCGACGGGAGUUGGUGUCACAUCAUUGCCCACAGGAAUGGGCGGUGCUGCUCAAGUCCAUACGGGACCUAGUCCGGGACCUGGUGCAGCGUCCACGAAUCAUGCCAACGCAAAUCCGAACAAUAUCAACCACGGGAACAACAUCAGUAUCGGGAACGGGAAGCAGGGAAGCAGUGGUACCGCGAGCGGUGCUGGUACGCUGUCAGGAAGCACGAUGACGGCGGGAAGGAAGAGGGGGAAUUCGGGCGACAAGAAGAACGGGCCUCCACCGACGUGUUUGGGCUGUGGCGCGACAGAGACACCAGAGUGGCGAAGAGGGCCGAUGGGUCCGAGAACAUUGUGUAAUGCCUGUGGGUUGGUACACAUGAAGUUGCAGAGAAAGAAGAAGAAGGCAGAGGAGAAAGCGAGAUUGGAGGCAGAGAAGGAGAAGGAAGCGGCGACGGCGGCGUUAGGCAUGGUGGGAGGGGGCUUUGGCAGUGGCUUAGCAAGUGCUUUACCAAGCGCUUUCCUUCCUUAGCCGGAAUAGCAAAAAAAACAGCUUGGUGCGCCAAGAUGAACAUUACGAAAAACGCCAAAGAAAGAUCUACCGUUGUGAGCAUGUUGAAAAAGAAAAUGGACCUGGCAAAUCCAAGUAGAGAUUUUUGUUGUACAUUGUUAAGGUCGUGAAUAUCCUUGUAAAAAUCAGUAGUAUGUUUAUUGCUUAGACUGGUGGAGGGAGAGGCUGGAGCUGAAAGGGAAUCAAUCACCUUUUUUUGUGCUCAUAUGUCGACUUUUGGGUAAUAUAGUUACAUCCACAUAGCAAAAGUAGGUACGCAUAUGAACCCUUUGUGAAGCC